AUGUCCCCGCUGCUGCUCCUGUUGUUGCUGCUCAGCCUGCUCUCCCUGGUCCUGGUCCUUCUCCAGGGCAGGAAGAGACGAGAAGGUGAGCCUCCAUUAAUUAAAGGCUGGAUUCCUUUCAUUGGAAAAGCUCUGGAGUUUGGAAAAGAUGCCCACAAAUUUCUAGAAGAACAUAAGAGGAAAUUUGGAGAUGUGUUUACAGUCCAGAUAGCAGGUAAAUACAUGACCUUCAUCAUGAACCCUUUACUAUAUCCACAUGUCAUCAAACAUGGCCAUCAACUGGACUUCCAUGAGUUCUCCAACAAUGCUGUGCCAUUUAUCUUCGGUUGCCCGCCCACUAGCAAGUUCCCCGGCCUGCAGGAGGAGGUCAAGCGUAGCUUCCUUCUUCUCCAAGGGGAUAGCCUCACUCCCCUGUCAGAGAGCAUGAUGGGUAACUUGAUGCUCAUUUUUCGUGAGGACUACCUGAAUAAGGAGAACAGCUGGAAGAGCGCUAGCAUGUAUGAGUUCUGCAACUCAAUCAUGUUUGAGGCCACUUUCCUCACCUUGUAUGGCAAGCCGGCAUCUGCCAGCCGCCACAGCGGUAUAGGCAUGCUGAAGAAUGACUUUGUCAAGUUUGACAACAUGUUUCCACUCCUCAUCGCCCAGAUCCCCAUCUGGCUCCUGGGACAGACUAAGACGAUCCGCAAGAGGCUUAUCAACUACUUUCUGUCCCACCAGAUGUCGUGUUGGUCAAACGCUUCAGAGUUCAUCAGGACACACUCAAAGAUUUUUGAGCAGUACGACAUGCUGACGGAUGUCGACAAAGCAGCUUACCACUUUACCAUCCUGUGGGCAUCUGUGGGGAACACGGUUCCUGCUACUUUCUGGGCUAUGUAUUACCUGGUGAGUCACCCUGAGGCUCUGCAGUUCAUCCGUCAGGAGCUCGAGGAUGUCCUGAGACUGAGUGGAGUUGAAUUCAGCAGGGAUAAAGACAUAAAGCUGACCCUUGAGCACCUGAAGAAGCUCCUCUACAUGGAGAGCGCCAUUGAGGAGAGCCUCCGCCUGUCCUCAUCCUCCAUGAACAUCCGAGUGGUUCAUGAGGACUUCAGUCUGUGUGUGGAUGCCGAGUGCCCAAUGGCCAUCAGAAAAGGAGACAUCAUUGCCUUGUACCCUCCGACUAUGCACCUGGACCCUGAGAUCUACGAGGACCCAGAGAUGUUCCAGUUCAACCGUUAUGUGCAAGAUGGUCAAAAGAAGGCACACUUCUACAAGGAUGGCCAGAAGCUCAAAAAUUACCUCAUGCCAUUUGGCUCUGGUGCCACCAAGUGUCCCGGACGUUUCUUCGCCAUCAACGAGGUCAAACAGUUCCUGUGUGUGCUGUUGCUUUACUUGGACCUGCAGCUGGAGGAGGGGCAGAGCAGAGCCACACUGGACUCCAGCAGAGUCGGACUGGGAGUCCUGCUGCCCGCCAAAGACAUCCGCUUUCGCUACAGGCUGCGAUCCAUCUAA